AUGUCAAGGACCUACGCAACUAGGAACUUUGAUCCAGUUGAUCACAAUAUCACGGAAAUAAUUGAGAAUGUUGAUUGUAUACCAAUGCGUAGAGAAGCAACUCCUAGUUAUAAUUCAUAUGGCGCUCCAGCAACAGCCAGUAGCUUUACUAAUGCUGCUCCGAUUCGUACUAAAUGCGAAGAAGAUACGUAUCGAUAUGUUCACGAAACAGCUGGCAACAUUUAUUGGAGUUCUAAUCCAAUCAUUACUCGACCACAAAGUGAAGGUCCAAUAAGAUCUGAACAACAGAUUACUCUUAAAUGUCUUCAACCACCACCUCUUCGGGAGCCAGAACCAAACGUUAUAAUAGAAAAGCGUCCAGAACAACCACCGCUACUUCCACCACUUAUCAUACAUGAACGAGACGAAAUUUGCCCCUCCUCGCAACAACUUAUCUUUCGUGAACGACCACCAUCACCACCGGAUUGUGGUCCCCCACAAAUCACUGAGCGAUGCUUACCUCCUGUACCUGUUCCACCAAGAUCACUUGUCGUCGAACGUUUUCCAGCUAUGAAAAAACCACGUGAUAUUAUAAUUGAACGGUGGCUUCCCUAUGGACCUUUUCCAGAACGCCGCACGAUUGUUCGACCCGCUCCUCCUCCUAUAAAUUAUCCGAACCCAACUCAUACUCUCAUUAUUCAUGACAAGUGUCCAGUAGUUUUUGUCGACAAAUUUCAAUGUCUGGGCGUAGUUCAAGAAGAUCCUGAAGCUUAUAAACGUCGCUAUGGGUCAUCACUUUUGGAUCCACGCACACUUGUUGAAGAGGUUCGCCGUGCCGGUGUUACUGCAGAUAUAACAUGUCCAUGCGACGCACGUCCAUGUACUGUAGUUGAUUCGAGACCAAUUUUACCACCUGAACCGUGCAAAGAUUGUUAUUGCGCAAUGCAUGGAACAAAUUGUCCAAAAUUGCGACAAUUUGCUGGCACACAACCUGUUAGUUUUGAUAAUUGUGAAGUAAUCUAUGAUUGUGAGGCCAAUUAG